CGGGUUAUGGAAUACCCGCACUCUAGAUCCAUACCCGCAAAACCAGUCGUUAAACCCUUCCAAAAUCUACAUCUUCGUUGCGCAGCGAUUUUCCUCUUCUCUUCCAAUACUCCACCGUCUCCGCCGCGCAGCGAUGAUCCGCGUGAAGGCAAUAGCAGUAGCCACCUCCCUCCGAUUCCUCAACUCGUCACUCGCCACCCGAGUCCUCGCAACUCGGAACCAGGUGACUCACUUCUCUUCCUACACUCCACAACCCCUUCUGGGUCGCUCUCACGAUUUGCGUUUUCCCUACACUCACCAUAGAAUCUACUUCUCUUCCAAACCCACCUCCAUUUUGGAGCUUGUUCUCACCAACGAUUGGUCCCAAGGGGUUGAGCAAGAGUUAGAAAAGUGUUCACCGUCUUUGACCCAUGAAACUGUUCUCUUCGUUUUGAAGCGAUUGGACAAAAACCCAGAAAAAGCUUCGUCGUUUUUCAACUGGGUCAGUGAGAAAGAGUGGUUCAGGGCAAGUUCUACUGUGUAUAGUUUGAUUGCUAGGAUCUUGGCGAAUAAGGAGACGAUGAAGCAGUUUUGGGUUACUCUGAGGAUGAUGAAGGAGAAAGGGUUUUACCUCGAUGAAGAGACGUAUUAUACAAUUUCAGUUGGGUUUAAGAGGGCAAAGAUGAACAGUGAUUCUGCAGCUCUUACUCAUUUCUACAAUAGGAUGCUUGAGGAUAAUACUACACAAAGUGUUGUCACCAAGGUGGUUGGUAUUGUGUCAGGGUCUGAGGGGGGUGAUGAUGGUGAGGUUAAGAAUGAGUUGGCGAAGCUCGAGAUUCAACUGUCUGAUAAUUUUGUGAUCAGGGUUAUGAAAGAGCUUCGAAGAAGCCCUUUAAAGGCUUACACAUUCUUUAAGUGGGUUGGGGAGCAAUCUGAUUAUGAGCAUAAUACAGUGACUUUCAAUGCGAUUGCGAGAGUUCUUGCGAGGUCUGAUUCGAUUGAGGAGUUUUGGAGUGUUAUUGAGGAGAUGAAGGGGCUGGGUCAUGAAUUGGACAUUGAUACCUACAUAAAGGUAUCGAGGCAGCUUCAGAAAUUUAGGAUGAUGGAGGAUGCUGUCAAGCUUUAUGAGCUUAUGAUGGAUGGUUCAUAUAAGCCAUCUGUUCAGGAUUGCUAUAUGCUUUUAAAGAACAUUUCUGGCGAUGAUAAGCCAAAUUUGGAUUUAGUUUUCAGGGUCGCUAAGAAAUACGAGUCGGCAGGGCAUACUCUCUCCAAGGCAAUCUAUGAUGGGAUCCACAGGUCUUUGACACGUUCUGGGAAAUUUGAUGAAGCUGAAAAUAUUGUUAACACUAUGAGAAAUGCUGGCUAUGAGCCUGAUAACAUCACCUACAGUCAAGUGGUUUUUGGACUUUGUAAGGCGGGAAGGCUUGAAGAAGCAUGUGAGGUGCUGGAGGAGAUGGAAUCUUGUGGAUGUAUCCCUGAUAUCAAGACUUGGACCAUCUUGAUCAAAGGGCACUGUGAUGCAAAUGAAGUAGAUCAGGCAUUGGUUUAUUUUACUAAGAUGAUUGAAAAGGGCUGUGAUGCAGAUGCUGAUCUGUUGGAUGUUCUGGUUGAAGGGUUUCUCAAUCAACAGAGAAUAGAUGGUGCAUACAAGUUAAUGGUUGAGAUAAGUAAUAACUGUCGUAUAUCUCCGUGGCAAGCUACGUAUAAGAAAAUAAUUGAAAGGCUUUUAGGAAUCAGAAAGUUUGAGGAGGGACUUGACCUUCUUCGCAUGAUGAAGAGCCACAACUUCCCUCCAUACCAUGAACCUUUUGUGUCAUAUGUUUCAAAGUUCGGGAGCGUGGAUGACACUGCAGAGUUCCUGAAGGCAUUAAGUGUGAAAAAUUACCCAUCUCUUUCAUCGUACCUUCAGGUUUUUGAAGCCUUCUUCCAAGAAGGUAGAUUAUCUGAGGCCAAAGAUCUAUUAUACAAGUGUCCUCACCAUAUACGCAAUCAUAGUAAAAUCUGUGAACUUUUUGGUUCACCUGAGAGUGGCAUCGCCGCUACUUGACCCCUGGAAUUUUUCUUUUUUAGCCUUGUCAUCAGUAGCAUGUUUUUCAUCUUUCUUCAAAUGAUUAAUGUUAUCAACUGUUAGGUGGAUUUGGUCUUUGCCCGUUUGAAAAACAAUUGGACAUAAGGUAUUAUGGUAAGUUAAGCUUCAUUC